CCGCCUUGCCGGCAAACAGCAGACCAACCGAGGCCACGCCCGCGCGCGCGCGCCUCGUGUCCCCGCCCGCUCGUCGGUCGGAGCGCGGCUGGCGGCGCGGUGGCGGCUCGGCACGGUGGUGGCCGGGCGCAGGCGGCCGGGCGGAGUAGCAGACUGCGCCGAAGCCGCCCCAGGCGCAGGGCUCGCGGCGGCGGAGAGCGCCGGACUCAUCAGGGCCCGCGGCCACCCGCGCCUUUCAAUGGGCAGCUCGCACUUGCUCAACAAGGGCCUGCCGCUGGUAAGACUUUGAACCCGACGCAGGCUUCAGUGGCUGCUGUGGAGCAGAGGCCUGGGAGCUUUGGUUGGAGACAAUAAGACGUGGGAUGAGGCUCCGUGACAGAACGCGGUUCGGCCUGGGGAUUCUGAAGACAAAAAGCUUUGGACAGGCGAAUUCAUGGUCGUGGAAACCCCGCCCCAAUUAAGCAAUGUCAGGCGUCCGACCUCCCAUCAUGAACGGGCCCAUGCACCCCCGGCCCCUGGUGGCACUGCUGGAUGGCCGGGACUGCACAGUGGAGAUGCCUAUCCUGAAGGAUGUGGCCACAGUAGCCUUCUGUGAUGCACAGUCCACACAGGAGAUCCAUGAGAAGGUACUGAAUGAGGCUGUGGGCGCCUUGAUGUACCAUACCAUCACACUGACCAGAGAAGAUCUGGAGAAGUUUAAAGCUCUCAGAAUCAUCGUCCGAAUUGGCAGUGGGUUUGACAACAUCGACAUCAAGUCAGCUGGGGAUCUAGGCAUCGCAGUGUGCAAUGUGCCAGCAGCAUCUGUGGAAGAAACAGCAGACUCCACCCUGUGCCACAUCCUGAACCUGUACCGACGAACUACCUGGCUACACCAGGCUCUUCGGGAAGGCACCCGGGUCCAGAGUGUAGAGCAGAUCCGAGAGGUGGCUUCAGGAGCUGCCAGGAUCCGUGGAGAGACCUUGGGCAUCAUUGGACUAGGUCGUGUGGGCCAGGCGGUGGCACUUCGGGCAAAGGCUUUUGGCUUCAACGUCCUCUUCUAUGACCCAUACCUAUCUGAUGGAAUCGAGCGGGCCCUGGGGCUGCAGCGUGUGAGCACACUGCAGGACCUGCUCUUCCACAGUGACUGCGUUACUCUGCAUUGCGGCCUCAAUGAGCACAACCACCACCUCAUCAAUGACUUUACUGUCAAGCAGAUGAGACAAGGAGCCUUCCUGGUGAACACAGCCCGUGGUGGCCUGGUGGAUGAGAAGGCACUGGCCCAGGCCCUGAAGGAAGGGCGGAUCCGUGGCGCAGCGCUGGACGUGCAUGAGUCAGAGCCCUUCAGCUUUAGCCAGGGACCCUUAAAGGAUGCACCCAACCUCAUCUGCACCCCCCAUGCUGCAUGGUACAGUGAGCAGGCGUCCAUUGAGAUGCGAGAGGAGGCAGCCCGGGAAAUCCGGCGAGCCAUCACAGGCCGGAUCCCAGAUAGCUUGAAAAACUGUGUCAACAAGGACCACUUGACAGCCGCCACCCACUGGGCCAGCAUGGACCCUGCUGUGGUGCACCCUGAGCUCAAUGGGGCUGCCUACAGCAGGUACCCUCCAGGUGUGGUGAGUGUGGCCCCCACUGGCAUCCCAGCUGCUGUGGAAGGGAUUGUUCCCAGCGCCAUGUCCCUGUCCCACGGCCUGCCCCCCGUGGCCCACCCACCCCACGCUCCUUCUCCUGGCCAGACUGUCAAGCCCGAGGCGGAUAGAGACCAUACGAGUGACCAGUUGUAGCCUGUGAGGAGCUCUCCAGCCUUGGUACCUGGUGGAGGGUGCUGCACGCUCUUGGACCCAAGUGUGCAGAGGCGGCAUCCAGUGUGGGCCCUAGCACUCCAGAGACUGGCCCGGGCGUGCACUAGGCGGGGCAAGAGGAAGCACGUCCCCAAGUUGAUUGUAGUUGUCCCGUCCUGUGGGCUGGCUCACUGUCCUGUGUCCUUUGCGUUCCUCGUUUAAGCAAAAGAAGUUAGUAGCUAAUUCUAUCACGAAUGUUCUUGUCUGUGUACAGUUUUUAGAACAUUACAAAGGAUUUGUUUGCUUAGCUGUCAACAAAAAGAAAACCUGAGGGAGCAUUCAGCAAGUCAGUUUGAGAUUAUUUUUCCUUUUCUACGUUGGAACGUGCCCCGGAAUGUGGCCGUCGGCACACUUCUCAGGACAAUGAAUCCUUCCUGUUUUUCUUUUUAUGCCACACAGUGCAUUGUUUUUCUACCUGCUUGUCUUAUUUUUAGAAUAAUUUAGAAAAACAACAAAGGCUGUUUUUCCUAAUUUUGGCAUGAACCCCUUGUUCCAAAUGAAGACGGCACCACGAGUGGCUCAGAGGCGUGUCUGCAGUGCCCAGUGUGCUCAGGACCACCGGGGUCUGUCCUGGGGGAGGCAGGGGUUGGCAGACCCUUGCCUGCGUGGUGCCGUCCUGCUGAUGUGGUAGGCUAGCAAUAUUUUGGUUAAAAUCAUGUUUGUGACUGUAACCAUUUGUAUGAAUUAUUUUAAAGAAAUAAAAAUCCCAGAAAGAGCCAG